AUGGAGGCUGCUGCUUCUUCUUCAAAAGCUUUUCUUCUUCUUCUUCUUGUCCCUUCAUCCCAACCAAUUUCCUCAUCAUCAUCAUCACUUGUUCAUAAUUGUAAGCUCUCAACUCAGAAACAUCAACAACAGUUGCUGACCAAUAUCAGAUGCACCAACUCCUCCAAUGCAUCAUCAUCCUUUGACUCGGAUGGAUUCCCAAUCCUGGGACGGGAAGCUCAGACGACCAUUCCCGAGGACAAGUUUCCGAUUGAAAAGCGACGGAGAUCGGAGAUAGUUAGAGAAAGAAAGUCAAGGGUGGGUGGCCAGCUGGUGAAGAAGGAACCGCCAAAUUUCGAGAUAGGGUGGAAGAGGACUAAAGAGAUCCCAAUGGAGGUGCCAACAGGGUAUGUGAUAAAGGAUUUCUUGGAGAAGCUGGUGGGGCUCAUGGAUAUGGAGUUUGGCUCAACACAACUGUUGGCAAAGACUGGAGAGAUCGUGGCCGAGAGGGUGAGGGAGGAAGCUGAGCUGUUGCUCGAGGAAGGUAAAGUCGAAGAAAGAAUGGUCACCGAGCUUUUUAGGGUCUUGAAGCUUAUGGAGAUGGACUUGACCAUGCUCAAGGCUUCUGUCAAGGAAACUACCUUGUCUCAAAGACUUCAACAGGCCAAGGCUCGCUGCAGGCAAGCUAUUCUUGUAGCCAACUCUUUUUGAUUAUUAUUACUAUUACUAUUUCAAUUUAUAAAUAAUAACAGACAAACAAACAAUCUUAAGUUAACUUUCUCUUCUUCUUUUUUAUUCAAAGUGUCCAUCACCCUA